AUGAGGCUCUCCGCCGCGUUGACGUCGCUCGGGGCAGCGCUGCUCCACGCUGCACCUUCAGCCGCGCAGACGAGCACGACCACCGACGUGUACGACCCGCCUCUCCUCACCGCAGCUGGCAACGUCACGGGUUUGCCCGGAGGCAACGAGUUCUGCGGCGCUCAGCGUGUGCGCAAACCCUGGGGCGCACUCUCAUCGGACGAGCAGGCGCUGUACCUUGAGGCUAGUCGCCUGGCCGUUGCCAAUGGCGCAGUCGCUGAGUUUGCAGCUAUUGCUGCUGACUCAUUGGGCCAGGCCCAGGGCGAAUACUCUUGCGCGUUCUUCAGCUGGCACCGUCGGUUCCUAUUGGCCUACGAGUCGUACCUUCGCGAGCUUGAUGACCGGUUCGCUUGUCUCACGGUCCCGUACUAUGACGUGCAUACGGCAUACAUUCAGUCAGUGAAUGGGGACUGUUCCAACAUGUUUGACUGCAGUGGGAUUUUUCAAGCCAUUGGUGGAUCUCCUCAGAACUCAACAGAAGAGACGUCGCUGACAUUCAAUGGCGUGAAUGCCACGGGGUACGCGACGGUCGGAACCCCCUACGGUGACGUUUGUACUGGCAAUGACAAUGACGAGGACAAUUGUGGCUCGUACGUCGUGCGGGACGACGUGUCCAGCAAGACCGUUCCUAGUGCCGCGAGUUUUGGCUCGUUCCAGAGUGUCGUCGCCACCUCGGGCGACUACGCGACGUUCCUUCAGGGUAUUCAGUACGGCGUGCAUCACGAAGUGCUGGAUGCUAUUGGAGGCGUCUUUGCCACGGCUGCAGCUGCUCAUGACGUGCUCUACUACUCGUGGCACGCGGCUCUCGACAUGUACUUGCACGUGUACCACCUCUGCCGGAUCGGCGUUCCUCUCACUUAUGAUCAGAUCAUUGAGUCGCUCGAGGUGUACGCCAAUGCCACGCAGUCAUGCGGUGGUGUGGACGGUGUCGACGCUCAGUCGCCACUCCUAAUGAGGAUCACAGUCGACGGGCAAGUUGUUGACGCGUCGCAGCACCCAACACUUGGCCGGUACUUUGGUUACGUGGGCAGUGACAGCUGGAACUACGCAGACAUUCAGCAGCUCGGAGACUACUCAUACACGUAUCAGCUACCGGAGAUGCUACGCCAGCAGAUCUUGAGCAAUAACGACAUGUGCACGGGUUUCAACCGGGCGUUUGCUGCAACGUACACGAGUCUGAACGCCACUGCUGUCAAAAGCACGAUGACCAGCAGGACGACGACUAAGACAACGACCACCAAGACGACCAGGAUCGUGAAUGGCAAGAAAGUGACCACGACUAAGGUUACAAAAACAGUGACAAGGGCGAACAGCACGAUGACGUCGCGUGCUGCCAGGUCGACGGUAACGACCGGACAGCUCGUCAGUCAGUUCGGAUACGCGUACUUGGGCAACUUCAGUACGGACGACGAAGCAUUUGGUGAAGGAACUUUUGUGACAAACGGAUACACGGGCUAUACAGCGUACUACGGUGCCGGGGCUAUUACGACGAAGCACAACGGCAUCUUGAGUGCUAAUUUCUCUUCGUUUUCAAGCUUGCCGUCUACCUCUGCCCCGAUGUCAUCCAGCACGUCGGCUCGUGUCGACGCAACGUACUCGAACACAUCGAAUGUAGUGAUGAACGUGACGGUGGGGAAGAGCCUUGUGGCUCGUAACAUUACAGCGUCUGUAGCUACGUCGGGCAGCUACUGGGCAUGGCUGCAAACCGCAUACGACGGUCUGUACUCCCGAUUUGACGGUAACGUGGACCUAGUGGCGACACACAUGAAGCUGCUCGAGUGCUACACAUUCAACAGCGUCUACGGGCUGUCCAACUUCACGUCUACUUUCGUAACGAACAAGAAUCUGGUGACCAACCGUGUGCAGUGCGGUCAGCGUCUGGACCUGGUUCGUUCCGGUUUGCUGCAAUUGGCAGUGCGUUCCUCAGCGUACACAGCCGAGAGCUUGAGGUUCGCCAGCUCGACGGUUAUUAGCACUAUUCGCUCGUCGUACAGGCGUGUAACUUCUCGCCAAGUGACGUACAUCCGCAGGUCGUAUACACAGCGAGUGCAGGCGAGCCUUGACUCAGCGCAGGAAUCUCUGAACAACAUCACCAUCAUCACGAACGGUGGAUUUGGCGAGAAUGAGACGUCUACUAUUGCUGUGGACACUGGCUACGUCAUCUCUAACUCAUCAAGUACGGAGGCCAAAAGCUCUGGAGACACGAUUGCUAUAACGACCACCACGACAACCACAACGGCGGCCGAUGCAUCGGAUAAGUUGUCUGAGCUGCCGUCGGAGUUGACUGAAUCUGAUGUGGCGGAAUCGACCUUUGCCCCCAAGGAUCUGGAUGCUACGACGCGAACGGACAGCUGGACAUCGGGAGAAGGCACUGAUGUGAAGAACGGUAUGACGACCACCACAACAGGAGCGAACGGUGAAUUCACCAACACAGUGGCCCCUGUUCCUGAGAAUCCGGGUGUUACAGCGCAAACGGACAGCUGGACAUCGGGAGAAGGCACUGAUGUGAAGAACGGUAUGACGACCACUACAACAGGAGCGAACGGUGAAUUCACCAACACAGUAGCCCCUGUUCCUGGGAAUCCGGGUGUUACAGCGCAGACGGACAGCUGGACAUCGGGAGAAGGCACUGAUGUGAAGAACGGUAUGACGACCACUACAACAGGAGCGAACGGUGAACUGACCACGACAACAAACCCCGUUUCGAGUGGUUCUGUGUCAUCUAAUACACCCGCCGUUCCAGAAGGCUCUUAUCAGAUGACGACCACGACUCCUGGCACUUCGGUGACGAUUGUCGCCACCGGAUCUGAAGAAACGGACACCAACACAUACCAAGCAAUGAACACGACGUCUGGUGGAUGGACGAAUGCUCCAACGAUGAACCAUUCGUCGGUGACACCAGUUGGUAUAACGACAGAUGCGGCGGGGUGGACAACGUCCGCUUCGGAAUCGGACGGCAAGAUGAUCAUGACGACAACCGACUCGAACGGUGCGACGAUCACGACGAGUACCGGUUCAGGUGGCGAGAGUACCACGACUACUAUCGCGAUCUCUGAUGGUUCGCUUGUGCAUGAAGCCGACAACAAGGAGGUAUCAGGAGAGACGGAUUCGACGAUGAUUGUGGAGAUGGGGUCAACAAACCGCUCAUCGACCGGUACGACCACGACUGAGUCGAAUACGGAAACGAACACCACUGGAACACAUACUUCUGCUGCUGGCACUACGCCGGAUACUACCCCUGGUACCACUACACCAUACACCAUACACAAUGCAACUAUACCUGCUGCACAUAACGCCACGCCCGCUGCUACGUGCAUCGAAGUGUCCGUGCAUGGUGACGCGACUUACUGCAUAGAGGGACCUAUCUGCAGCGGAUAUGGCGACUGGCCUGCUGGUACAAUGUGCCCCAUGAAGGGCGACGUUGCUGUUCAGGACUGUCACGAGAUGCUGUCCAGCUAUACAAACUCGAGUGCUUGUGUUGCGCCCAAGAAUGCUGGGUGUAUCGAGAUUGAGGCUGGCGCCUGGGGCUGCGUCUUUGAGCAAGAGGGGGCUGAAACACCAGCUCCUACGAGUGCAAACAUGGACGUCCCUACGCCUGCUCCGACGAGGGCCAAGAUCGACGUCCCUACGCCUGCUCCGACGAGGGCCAAGAUCGACGUCCCUACGCCUGCUCCGACGAGGGCCAAGAUCGACGUCCCUACGCCUGCUCCGACGAGGGCCAAGAUCGACGUUCCUACGCCUGCUCCGACGAGGGCUAAGAUCGACGUCCCUACGCCUGCUCCUACCAGGACAAAUAUGGACGUCCCUACGCCUGCUCCAACUAGGAUCAAGGUAGACGUCCCUACGCCUGCUCCGACGAGGGCCAAGAUCGACGUCCCUACGCCUGCUCCGACGAGGGCCAAGAUCGACGUCCCUACGCCUGCUCCAACUAGGAUCAAGGUAGACGUUCCUACGCCUGUUCCAACCAGGACCAGAAUGGGCGUCCCUACGCCUGCUCCGACCGAGCAGACAGAGCAGCCAACUCCUGCCCCGACUUCUGGUAUUAUUGUGCCGGACACCACACACAAUGCAACUACACCUGCUGCGUGCAUCGAGGUGUCCGUGGAGGGUGACGCGACGUACUGCAUUGAGGGACCUAUCUGCAGCGGAUAUGGCGACUGGCCUGCUGGUACAAUGUGCCCCAUGAAGGGCGACAUUGCUGUUCAGGACUGUCACGAGAUGCUGUCCAGCUAUACAAACUCGAGUGCUUGUGUUGCGCCCAAGAAUGCUGGGUGUAUCAAGAUUGGGACUGGCGCCUGGGGCUGCGUCUUUGAGCAAGAGGGGGCUGAAAGACCAGCUCCGACCAGGACCGAGACGGUGGCACCCGCGCCGACGCUAACUACCGCUGAAUCAGGAAGCCAAGGCUUGACGUCCACCGAUGUGCAAGCGAUCGAUGCCUCGACCGCGUUCACUGCUCCCUCGACGCCUGAAACCAGAACUGAGCCUGAAGUCCAAACUACGGCUGAGUCGGCAGCGGCUUUCAGCCACGGUACAACUUACACUUACGAGCAGCAGCAGCAGCACACUCAGCAAAUGACGCAAAAGCAGCAAACUCAGCAACUGACGCAGCAAACUGCUGCUUCGUCCUCGCCCGCCCAGACCGUAAGCACGUUGAGCGCCGAUGCAAUUCCAGCCGACGACGAUGAAAGUAACGGCAUAUCCAGUGUCGCGAUUGUCGGCAUCUUAGUCGCUGUCUGUGCAGUCGUGGCUUUGGCUGGUUUCACAGUCAUCCAGAGACGCCAGCGUUCGAGCGAUGAAGAGGUGCCUUCCAGCGCUUACUACAGACAGCCUGAGACUCCGCUCACUCAAUCGAUCAAGCUGUGA